CGCCCGAGCCUGGUUCCCGAGGCGCGGCGGCCGCGGCUGGGGGCGGGGAGGGGGGCGCAGGACCCCAGGCGGGGGUCCCGGAGCCGGAGGGCCAAUUCCCGUCCCCCCAGCAGCAUGGCAUCCUGUGCUGAGCCCUCUGCCUCGGGGCCCGAGCCCACUGCCCCACUGCCUGCUGGGGUCCCACCACUUGAGGACUUCGAGGUGCUGGAUGGGGUGGAAGACGCAGAGGGCGAGGAGGAGGAGGAAGAGGAGGAAGAAGACCUGAGUGAGCUGCCACCACUUGAAGACGUGGGGCAGCCUCCAUUGGAGGAGGCUGAGCAGCCUGGGGCCCUGGCCCGAGAGUUCCUGGCCGCCAUGGAGCCUGAGCCCGAGCCUGCCCCAGCCCCGGAUGAGUGGCUGGACAUCCUGGGGAAUGGGCUGUUACGGAAGAAGACGCUGGUCCCAGGCCCACCUGGCUCGAGCCGCCCAGCUAAAGGCCAGGUAGUCACUGUGCAGCUGCAGACCUCGCUGGAGAACGGCACUCGGGUGCAGGAAGAACCAGAGCUGGUGUUCACCCUGGGUGACUGUGACGUCAUCCAGGCCCUGGAUCUCAGCGUUCCGCUCAUGGAUGUGGGGGAGACAGCUAUGGUCACUGCUGAUUCCAAGUACUGCUAUGGCCCCCAGGGCAGCAGGAGCCCAUACAUCCCCCCACACGCGGCCCUGUGCCUGGAGGUGACCCUGAAGACUGCCGUGGAUGGGCCUGACCUGGAAAUGCUCACCGGGCAGGAGCGUGUGGCUCUGGCCAACCGGAAGCGGGAGUGUGGCAAUGCCCACUACCAGCGGGCCGACUUCGUGUUGGCUGCCAAUUCCUACGACCUCGCCAUCAAGGCCAUCACCUCUAGCGCCAAAGAUGGGCGGCUGUGGGGUGCUGACGGCAUGGUAACCAUGGCCACGGUUGAGCGCCAUCCCCCCACAGUGGACAUGACAUUCGAGGAGGAGGAGCAGCUCCUGCAGCUGAAGGUGAAAUGUCUGAACAACCUGGCAGCCUCACAGCUGAAGCUGGACCACUACCGCGCCGCUCUGCGCUCCUGCAGCCUCGUGCUGGAGCACCAGCCUGACAACAUCAAGGCUCUCUUUCGCAAGGGCAAGGUGCUGGCCCAGCAAGGGGAGUACAGUGAGGCCAUCCCCAUUCUGAGGGCAGCCCUGAAGUUGGAACCUUCCAACAAGACGAUCCACGCAGAGCUUUCGAAACUGGUGAAGAAGCACGCGGCCCAGAGGAGCACAGAGACCGCCCUGUACCGGAAAAUGCUGGGGAACCCCAGCCGGCUGCCUGCCAAGUGUCCUGGCAAGGGUGCCUGGUCCAUCCCCUGGAAGUGGCUGUUUGGGGCAACUGCUGUUGCCCUGGGGGGCGUGGCUCUCUCUGUGGUCAUCGCUGCCAGGAACUGACCACCCAGGUGGCCACCACCCCCUCGCACACCGUGGACCCCGCCCCGCGCUCCCUAACUUCCCCAGGCUCCCUGUCCACUGCCCUGUCUGAUCUAACCCCCUCCUCUGGGGCAGGAGCAGUGAGGUGUGGGGGCCACGUGGCCCCAGUGAGCCAGGAGGGACUAUGGCCCUAUAGGAGGAAAGUGAGGCAGGGCCCGGGCUCCAUGUCCAGCCCGGAGGGAGGGGGCCUUCAUUCCUCCAGACCCAAUUCCCAUUCCCACCCCCACCCCCUUGGGUUAGGUCUCAACAGAGGCCGGCCAGAGUUUCUCCUUCCCAACAGGCCUGGGGGCAGCCCUUCCCCAACCCAGUCCCUGUCCAAGCGUCAACCCCCACCCACACCGCCUGCUGCCCUCUGUCCAGGUUCUCCCUCCCACCCCUUCAGUGAAAUAAAGCCUCCUACCCCGCA